AGAUCACCAUAGCCAUGAGCACGCGCUGCUUUCUCGCGCGACACAAAAUUCGGUCUAAAUUUAUUGAGCUUAGCCUGAGGUGAAUCGCUCUAUUGUCUCUCUGUAAUAUAUCAAUCGCAUUACUCUUAAUAUUUUCGGUCCAACAAUGACCAAACGGACUACCAAGAAGGCCAAGAAGCAGGACCGCAAGUCACCACGUGAAACAGACAGUCAAUUUGUAUUCCGGGUUCGUGCAACGGAAACUUACAGUGUCAGCGACAACAUUUCGCAGACUCCCUUAAGGCCGCAACGAGAUGGCACCAGAUGUGAUGCGGACCACAGUGAGAUUAACGAGGGACGCGAAAGCGAUAGUCGUAGAACCGCAUUCGCUUGCUUGCCAGAUGUCACGGUGGAAGCCCCGAAACGUUCCGUGUCGGUUAGUGUCUUGCCAGCGCAAGUCGAAGUACUGGUCAACAGGCCCUUGCAGCAUGUGGCAAAGAGCAAAGGUCUCGUUCCGGAUGAACCCCACCGAAAGAGACGGAGAAUUGACACCGCAUGUAGGGCGAAAACGACCCAGACGUCACAAGAUGAAAACAGUGUAGAAGACGACGAAACACUUAACGAUGACAGCGAGGCAUUUGAGACGUUUGAGGAAUCGAACGCGCGGGACGAAGUGGAUGAAAAGGAGAAAAGAUGUGUGAAGUCUGCUGCAACAUCCAAAUGGGGAUCGGCUGUCAAGAAACAGUACGAACAGGUUGUGGCCGAACUAGAGGGAAGAAAUGGUGGAGUCAAAAUGAAUUCGGUAUCCGAUCGGAAGAAAGCUGACCGUGAAGCGGAGGAAGAUGACGAGGGAAGGGAGGAUUUUGAAACGGGCGAGCCGCCCGUCAGAAAGGGCGCUGCUGUUGAAGCGAGCAACGCAACCGGAGUCAUUGAAACGGGGAGACGAUGUGCAUGCGGUGCGGAAACGCUCACACGAAGUUCAAGACAGAAACAAGCGACUGCCGGCGAGUUGGAGCGUGAUAAUAUCGACGAAGACAACACGUGGAACGUAGAGUCGGAAUUAAAGUCGAAAGGACGUUACGAACGUCAAUUCAACGAGGAUACAAGAGAACAAGACAGGAAGACAGCAACGGCAACCUCCAUCUUUAGAAGAUCUCAAUACCUUCGUCGUCUCGACCCCGAUGGUCUCCCGGGCGAGGACCCAGGUACGACACUUCAGCAACCAGGCAGUAUAAUACGGAUUGCUCUUGAGGCUAAUUCAAUGGUGCACGAACCAGCGCAGAGCAAGGCUCCCGAUCGCCUUACAGAACUAACCAAUGCUAUAGCCGUCGAGGUCUUCAACAACCUUAAAAAGGACACGUUCUGCAUUUCUUCUUACGGCAUUUCUUUCGUCAUUGGAAUAUUGGAAGUGAAUGGCAGCAAAGCGAGUCUUAAGGAGGUACUCAAAUACGGUGGCUUCGGUAAAGACGGUGUUCCGGACUGCUGCACCGAAGUGGUGUCCACAUUGAGACGCAGAGGAUCCCGGCCACAAGAGGUCGCUGUGAAGUCCGGACUUUACGUUCGAGAUGCAGUGAGGUACGCAGGACUUCGAUCUCCUACGCGACCAUCAUUACAGCAUGUACUUACGGCAGAGUUCAAGACGGCUGACAGCAGCACGGCAUCGUGGAACGGUGUAUUGUUCAAUACGGCAACUUUUUUCACCAGCUGGAAGUUUCCAUUCAGCAAGCAGGCCACAUACAAGGGCAUUUUUCACGACCAAAGUGGACAAAAGGUUUCUGCAACAUUCAUGCGAAGGACAACAGUCCUUCCUUACGCAUUAGCUUCAGACUUGAACGCUGACGUCGUGGCUCUUCCGUACCAAGACACAGACGUGGCCAUGGUCCUCCUUAUAUGGAGAUCGACUCCAGCCCCCAUAACUACUGGGAUCCUGUACGACACCCUAAAGUCGCUGCACCCCGCGCUAGUGACACUUCAUCUGCCCAAGUUUAAGAUGAUCAGUUUGACAGAGCUCGACGGCCAUAUCCAGAGUUGCUGGAACGACCUCCUCAACUGCGGCCUGAGUAAUGUUCCGGCGCUCUUUCGAUCGGUGCAUCAACGCACGUUGGUAUCUGUGUCGGAGGGCCAAGAACCUUCUGUGCUCGUGGAGAGCACAAAGGGCUCAUACAAGAACGUUACGCUUCACGUUAACCGUCCUUUCGCUUUCAUUGUCUAUCAGCGUGCCCCUACCUCAUUCCUCUACAUGGGAAAGGUGUCCGACGGUAGUGUACUAACGGCUGCAUGAAAUAGGCAUUCAGUGGCGAUACUGCGCGAGAGGAACGAUUUUGCGAUUUGAUGCGCUUCGCCUGCAUCGAUUAAUACGACUUAUUAUAGUGACGUUUUUUAAUUCUUUGCGAUGCGGAAAUAUAUUUUCGAUUCAACUACGUGCUA